AUGGAGAGUCUACCACAACUUGGAAAAGCAAUCGCUCAAGUCUUAUUGCCGACCUACCAGGUAUACACGCCAUUGUUGCUCAGGCAAGCCGACACCAUCAAGUCGACCGCACGUCAGACCUUUAGCUAUGGUAAACAUCCGCGUCAGCAUUUGGAUCUCUACACUCCCUCGAAGACGACAAAUUCCAAGAUUGGCAAGUCGGUCUUGAUAUUCCUGUAUGGAGGAGGAUUCGUGCGAGGCGACAAGAUCAACCCGAAUUUUCCAGAGGGCUUGGUGUACGCGAACGUGGGCCAUUUCUUUGCGGAAAACCUAGGCGUCAAAGUCAUCAUCCCCGACUACCGACUUAUCUCACACGAUGCGACGUUUCCUUCUGGAGGCCAGGACCUAGAGCUAGUCAUUGAAUGGGCUAAGGAGCACAUGGGCCACGAUGCAUCAAGUCCUACCAACCUCUUCAUCAUGGGUAACUCCGCUGGGGGUGUUCACUUGGCAACGUAUCUCUUUGCCCCUGACUUUCGCGGCAAUCGCCAGAAGCAAUUCAAAGGAGAUGCUCCAGCCUUGAAAUUGAGUGGUGUCAUAUUCCUGGCAGCCCCCUUCCACUUCGAUCGGGCAAUUGCAGAGAGAGCCCAAACUCUUCAAGCAUAUUUCGGGAAUAAUGUCCGCGACCGGUCCCCGCUGGGGCUGCUGAGAGCUUGUAAGAAAGACGGAUCCAUUGAUGAUCUGAAAGCGGUUCCGGCUAUGGUGCUUUAUGGCGGACUUGAUCCACAAGACGAAAUCUUGACCCCAAAGAAUGAUUUCGUCAAGGAGUGGAUUGAAACGGAUGCUGUGGCCAAUGAGUUAACGGUGCUCAAAAUUGAAGGCCACAACCACAUCAGCCCCGUCUUAGCCUUAGGGACGGGGAUCUCCAAAGAAGAAGCUUGGGGUCGACAGGUGGUCGAAUUCAUCAUAGCAGCUGCUUCCAAGAGCUGAGGAGGCCAUGUUGGUUGACAGUGGCUUGUACAAGAGGCUAGUCUCUCAGUUACGGCCCGUCCAAGGUAGGUAGGGUAUAUCCAGCCAACCGUAUGCGGUGAUAUACACUUCC